GUCUUAACCCUUGUAAAACCAAGUUUCUGAGUUUAUAUAAUAAGCAAACGAACAAGCAAGACCAAUUUACAAUUCCACCUAAUUUACUAGUGUAAGAAACAUAUAAAUAAAUAUUUUAAAUGACACAUAAUGUAGAAAUUUACAAUCUACUCUGGGUCUUAACCCUUGUAAAACCAAGUUUCUGAGUUUAUAUAAUAAGCAAACGAACAAGCAAGACCAAUUUACAAGACCAAUUUACAAUUCCACCUAAUUUACUAGUGUAAGAAACAUAUAAAUAAAUAUUUUAAAUGACACAUAAUGUAGAAAUUUAUUUUUAAAAAAAUAUUUUGUAUUAUCAAUAUUCAACACAUUGGAAGGAAUGUAUGUUCUCCAACUCACAUAAAAAGAGACACUCAAAAUAUCGGUACAAUAUCACUUUGGUCACAUGAUGAGUAAACCAUUAUUUGGGACAGAUUAAACAUGGCCCUUUAACCCAGUAAAGCUCAUUAAACAUAAAACCCUGAAACCCUGAUAUUUAGAGAGAGAGAGAGAGAGAGAGAGAGAGAGAGAGAGAGAGAGAGAGAGAGACAGAUGGAUGGGGAGAGAGAGAGAGAUCCGAGAGACAGAGAGAGAGAAGGAGUGAGUGAGUGAGGGAGGGAGUGAGAAUGGCGUGGGGAGGAAGUUAUUUGGGGCUAACCGUCAUAGGAUUGCUGACGUGGAUGCAGAUAUUUCUAAAAUCGCUACACACAGUCACACAGUGACACAUGCUUUUUUUUAUAACAAACUCCUUCUCCUCUCUUGACAUUCACUCUCCUUCUCCUCUCCUCCUCCGAAAAGUUACUGAUUCAGAAGCUCUAUCAUCACCAUGGAUGCAAAAGGAAAAGGAAAAAUGGUGGAAGAACUUCCGAUGAUGGGUGAAAGCUUCACCUCCAGUGAGAGUCUUCCCCUCCUUGCUGCAACCGAUCAUGAGGAUGUGGGUGAUGCAAAAGUGACCACAUCUCUGGGAGAACUUCAGAUCGGUGAAAGCUUAACCUCCAAUGAGAGUCUUCCCCUCCUUGCAACAGAACAUGCGGAGGAGGUUGUUCUUUUGGAUCUCCCCCCCCUUGUUGUUGACAACAAUGUGCACAUUGAUGAUGAGGCUCAGGAGGAGGUGGAGGAAAACGUUUUGCCCGAUGUUGGAGCUCACAACAUCCGUAACGUCCGAGGAAGGCCUAAGAGGAGACCAUUCACUGAGCCCCUCUCCCCACGCUCUCAAGCUAGGGCCAAUGAGAGGGAAGCCAAGAAAGAGGCGCUCAAGAAAGCUGAGACAGGAAGAAAUCAAAAUUAAAUGUGCCAAACCACGAUGGGUUGAAGAAAGCUGAGAAAGAGGCGCUCAAGAAAGCUCAGAAAGGGAAGAAAUCGAAAUUCAAUGUGCCAAACACAAAGAUGGGUUGAAGAAUGCACGGAAACCACAAUUGUAAUCAUUCCACUUCCACUCUUUCUCCUAUCAUUUUCAAGACUACUCUUAAAAACUUCUACUUAUCUUUUUUUGUCUGGACUCUUCUACUUUGUUAUAUCUGAUGAAACAUGUCUCUUUGUCACCUGACUUUUGAUUCGAGGAGUGAUGAUCCAGUAAUGCUUUUCUUUUGA